UCUAUUCUAUUCUAUUCUAUUCUAUUCUAUUCUAUUCUAUUCUAUUCUAUUCUAGCUCCUGCUUUUCUUCCACCAGCCCAUCACAACGAAAACCCUUUGCAUUUCCUUCAGCUAACCUAACCAGACUUGCUAAUUUAUUUAUAAUUUAAAUUUAUAUAGGUAGCCCUCAACUUGACCAUUAUUGGGCUCAAAAUUUUGGCACUAAGUUGAAUCGCCCCAUGACCAGAUUCAAUUUUGGAACUGUUUUUACAACGGUUGUUAAGUGAAUCCUGCGGUCAUUAAACCAUUCUUCUGAAGGAGCAGAGUUUUGCCAGUCACCUGCAAAAGAAUGUCACAAAUCCAAGAGACUUCUGACUGCCCAACACGGCCAACGGCCAUAAAGGAGAGCACCCAAAAUGCAGUCACGUGAGAGGCCGUCGUAACUCUGAUGUCGAGUCGUAAGUAUAGGUAGCCCUCGACUUAACAGGUUCAUUUAGGGACUGCUCAAAGUUACGUCAACUGAAAAAAAUGGGACUGACGACUGUUUUUCCUUGGCUGCUUCAUACUUAUGACCUUUGCUGUAUCCUGGGGGGGGGGGUGUCACAUGAUCCCCUUUUGCGACCUUCUGACAAUCAGCGUCAGUGGGGAAAGCCCAAUUCACUUAACAACCAGGGUGGCAAACUGAUCAACUGCGGUGAUUCACUUAACAACCGUGGCAAGAAAAGUUGUAAAAUGGAGCAAACUCAAAUGUUUCCCUUAGCAACCGAAAUGUUGGGCUCAAUUGUGGUCGUAAGUCGAGGACUACCUUAUAUAUUGAAGGAUUUAAUUUAAAGUCCAUCCUGACUGCAGAUAGUCCUCGACAUACAACGGAGGCAAAAAAAAAUUGCAACAUGCCCGGUUUCAGGUACGUGCACCAGGUACCCCCAUUCACCCACCUGGAGUCACCUGUCACCAGGUGUACUUCGAAGCAGCUGCACCUUAUGGCUGCAGUGGCUUCCUUCAUCUCUUGCCAAGUGGGGGGUUGGAAUAGAUGACCUACAAGGUCCCUUCCAACUCUGUUAAUCUGUUAAAGUCACAACACUUUCUCUCAUUUAAAAAAAACAAAAACUCCAAACUACAUUUUACUGCCUUGCGAUACUAAAGAAAUAAAAUUCCAGGAGCCCGUGGACUUUGUCUUAUGGCUCAGCCUAAAAAAGGGGGAAGGCUCUUUAAUCCGAAUUUUGAUUGGUUUAUCAUCCAAAUCACAAUGAACAAAGUCAGGCAUUCAACAGAUUUGAGUACAAAAUGCUCUUUUUUUCUUUCUUUUUUUUGAAGGACGGCUGUUCUUCAGCACCAAGGAGGCUUUUGAGUCAUUUCGAUUUGAUUUAAUCUAAAAAGUGGAAUUGAAACCCUGCAGCUCCGAUCCGGGUUUUGCUAUACAUUUACUCCAGUUUUAAAUAAACAUCGUGCUUCUGUCCUUUUAAUCUGGUGGCUUCCUGGUUGCCGGCAAUUCUUGCAAAAUCUCUCCAGCAUAAAGCGCCUUCUUCUUUCCAAGAUCAUGGCCGCGAGCACAGAUGGCCAGAAGAAGCCGACACCUGGACACCUGGCAACAGGACUGCAGAAACAUGACUCGCUGGCAGGCAAGUACCACAUCCGCAAGUACGAGGAGAGAGAUUAUGACAUGGUGCGCACUUUUUACAUUCAAGGGAUCCAGGAACACAUCCCUUGGGCACUGUGGCACUUUCUCAGCAGGCCUCACACACACCUGGGCCUCCUGGCCAUCUUCCUCCUGACCUACCUGUGCUCGGCUUCCAUUAUCACCUCCCUUGUGGUCGUCUCCAUCGUCUCGGUGGCCGGCGUGCUUUCCAUGAAGAACAUCUGGGAUGAGUAUCUCCAUCAUGCUCUCACCACGGACAUGAUGGACAUCAGGAGGACCUACCUGGAGCCAAAGGACUGCUGCUUCUGGGUGGUGGAUGCCGGAGAGGAAGUGGUAGGCAUGGUGGCCGUCAUCCCUCCGGAGAACCCAUCUUGGUGGGUCAACGCCCGGGAAUUACAGCGUAUGUCCGUGAAGAAGGAGCACCGAGGGCAAGGGCUUUCCAAGGCCCUCAUCAAGACUGUCAUCCAGUUUUCUCAGGAGCGCGGCUACCAAGAAGUCGUGUUGGGUACCUCCAUGGUGCAACGCGUUGCUCAUCGGAUCUACGAGAACAUGGGGUUCCACAAAGUCCUACAGAUGAAUCCCUCUUUCUUAGCUAAAUUGGUAGACUUUUCCGUCUACUGGUAUUACUACAAAAUCCCAGACACUCACUGAGGUCCACCGGAGGUCACAUUUCACCUCCUCCAAAAGGAGAAGCAAGUUCUACAUUCGGACCUGGUAAUUUGGCAGGAUUGCCGGGUCAACUUUCUCCUGCUUGGAGUUGAACCAACUCUCUGAAGCGGCUCUGUGUGACCUGAGUUCACCCCGCCUAAAACUGGUUUCCCAAAGGAAGGGUCUUUGAACUCUUGUUAACUAGAAUUUUAGAAUAACAGAGUUGGAAGGGACCUUGGAGGUCUUCUAGUCCAACCCCCUGCUUAGGCAGGAAACCCUACACCAUUUCAGACAAAUGGUUAUCCAACAUCUUAAAAACUUCCAGUGUUGGAGCAUUCACAACUUCUGGAGGCAAGUUGUUCCACUGAUUCCUUGUUCUGUCAGGAAAUUUCUCCUUUUCACCGCCCUGAGUCCUUCGGGAGUAGGGCGGUAUAUAAAUCAAAUAAAACUAAAACUAAACUUAA